AUGAAGAAAAAUAAAUUCUUCUCCAUCAUAGCUGAUGAGGUUACUGACUCUGCCUGCAAGGAGCAGCUCAGCAUGGUGUUGAGAGAUGUGGACCCUGAUGAUUACGUCAGAGAGGACUUGGUGGACUUUCUGGAGUGUGACACGGGGGUUACUGGCAGAAUAGUAGCAGAGAAGAUAACAAACCGCAUCACAGGGUAUGGACUUGACAUCAACAAUUUCAGAGGUCAGGCCUAUGAUGAAGCUGGCAACAUGGCUGGCAGCUCCAAGGGGGCAGCAGCUUUCAUUAAGGAGACCAAUCCCUGGGCCCUCUACCAGCAUUGCUCAUCACAUGCCCUCAACCUAGCUGUUGUUAAGUCCAUCCAGAUCACCAGUGUCAGGAAUAUGAUGGGUACUGUGGACAGGAUCUCAACUUUUAUGGAAGGACAUCCUAAACGAGCAUAUGCUUUUGAGGCAGCUGUCCUGGAGACCCAGCUUGAAUCAAGGAAACACAAACUGAAAAACCUGUGCUGUACUCGUUGGGUGGAACGCCUAGAUGCCCUAGCAACCUUUGUGGAGUUACAUCCCACAGUGGUGGCCUGCUUGGAGAAGAUUGUGGAGGAUGGUCCUGCAAUCUGGUCCACAGACUCACUGACUGAUGCCCAGACCCUGCUACUCGCCAUCACCAGCACAGACUUCAUUGUGUCCCUGGUGAUCACCAACAAUGCACUAGGGUACCUGAAAGGUGUGACCACUAGCCUUCAGGCAGAGGCUAAAGACAUAGUCGAGGCCAUCAGUGAAGUUAACUAUCUUAAAGCAGCACUACAAGAUGUCCGAAACAACAUGGAUGAUCACUAA